AUGUCUGCCAAUCCUGACCCGUCGUCCUAUGUGACGAGGAAUGUGCCCUCAUACUAUGGAGCGGCUGAGGACUCUAUAACCUCAGGUAACAACAGUUCUUCAUCGCCGCGAUAUUCACCGAACUUCCAUCAGUCUUGGAGGAGACAACAUUCGCAAAGCUCUCUUUCUUUCAUGCCUUCCGCACCACGUCCAGAACACUCCGAGUACACCACAUCGCAAUCGAGGCGACAAGGUGAUCGAGGUCCAAUCUGUAUCUCGCCAUUCCGAUCAGUGCGAAGAAUGAAACAGCCCUUCCAGCUGGUCCUACCGACGUCUCCAUCUAUUGACAGUAGCCCAUCCCUUGGAAAGGAAAGCCGGACAUCAAGACGACUAUCCGGAAAUCCCACCUUGCGAACGUGGCGAUCCGACGGAAAUCUCAUGGUAAAAGGCCUGUUUAGUCUUCUCCCAAGUCCUCCUCUGUCAGAUUCGCCUGUAUCGCACCCAUCGCCUUGUCCCUCAUCCACAUACUUCUCACCAAAGCCCGAAUCAGAACCUGAGAACGACGAGGUGGUUACAAAUCCUUGCGGCUGCAGACCAGAAGCAAAGCUGUGCGAUACCUGCAGCUCUCCACAGCCCGAAUCCCAAGUGGAAGACCAGAAGACAAACGAUACAACCAACGUACAAUUAACCCACUCAACUCUUGUUGAGCAGUGUGGCCCGGAGAAGUCGCAAACUGAGCCCACUCAAGACGAACCUGUAAUCAUGGAGUCUCCUGUGAUUCCCCCAGGCUUGGAGGCCCCUUCAAGGAGAAACAUCUCUGGUUCAUAUUCCCAAACCCAGCGGUCAAGGGCUACGACAGUGUCCAGCGAUACAAGCUGGAUGCCCAGCAGUUUUUCGAACUGUGAAAACUGGCUCCAAGGCGUGCCCAUCGAGAACAUGGAUGUUGAAAAGGGGUUCAACCGAAGAAAGAUCCAAAUUGUUGAAAAGAGCGACCGCCCUCUAGAGCAGAGUUUUGGAGAAAGCUCAAUCAACACUGGAUCCAGCUUGGAGAGCGUGAGCGAAGUUCCCCUUGACGAGAGGAGCCAGUCGACAUCCAAUAACGGUGCCCAGAAGGCUCCUGAUGAGCCCGUCAAACUAGCUGUUGCUGAAAGAACUGCUGUUCCCACCAGAACAAAACCCAAGCUGGUCGAUAUUUCACGACAAUCAUCCCCAGGGAUGAGCUAUUCGAUUCCCACGCCUCACCAUACUGUCCCCUCUACACCAGAUCAACGUCAAUUUGAAGUCUCUGCUUUCAGCCCUGAUACACCAUUAGAAAUGUCGGACAGCGGCUACAUCACGCACCACUCCUUCGAUUCGCCAGGUGACUUCCCGGAGGACAAGGUCGAUGAUGCAUCCACAGACUCGGGGUCUUUAGCCUCUGAGAGUGUCAGCUCAACAAUCGUCUGUGACAAACAAAUCUUGACACCAGAAACGCCAUAUUCCCCGCCCAAGGCCAGUAUUCAGCCGACAUUCAGCCCAGUAAUAAAACCUCAGGCCUCUCCAGGGUGCUCGUCGAAUAUAUCAGAAAAGGAGCAACUUCAAAAAUGGUGGGAUCAUGAGUGGACAAUUGACCAGCUGGAACAAUCGGUCAGGGAGUUCCCGCGGCAAAUGCUGCGAUUGACCUCCCCUGCCAUUAUGUUCCUGCGCGAGAACAACGAGAAAGCACUCAUUCGGCCGUUCCGUAAGAUCUUCCCUGAAGGCGCGGAAAAUAUGCUUGACUGUCUUUGUGCCACCUUGAUUGCACGCAAUUACAUCGUCUCGUUGGCAGCUUCCAAUCGACCAACCAACAAUUUCUCGCAUAAACCGACACUGUCUCGUCUCGAUCCUGUUCCAGAGAAGGCAUCCACAUUUGGCAUCAAGUUCGCUCAGCCAACUCCAAACCAGAUCAAAGAUCGAGUCUUGGGAACAAGAAGUGUGAAACUUCGCAAGGACUUGGACCAGAUUGUCGACAACUUGCUCGUCGCAAUUUGCGGUCAUUCCGACGAAACUCUGAAAUCAGCUGUGCUGGUUCUCGCUCAGGUCCUUGAAAGCAAGGCCUAA